GCCAUCCCUGGCACAGACGAAAAUGUGAAUGUUAAUGCUACGACUGUCAGUGUGGGCUGUCUAUUAAUACCUAGAGGAACCAGCAUGUGUUUAGCCAGAGGGCUGCACAUUCACUUCUCCAUACUGACUACCCACUUCCUGAGAGACAGAGAGAGAGAGGAAGCGUGGUCACACAGCACAUGAUUCUGACCCCACACUAUGUGAAGACCUGUGUCUGCAUUUCGUACCACUGUCUCCGAGCUGUGUAUUUCUUUCUGUUUUCUGUGUGUGUGUGUGUGUGUGUGUGUGUGUGUGUGUGUGUGUCCUAUCUCCACAGUGAGCUAUUGAGGACUGAAAGGCGUCUCUCUCUCUCUGUCUGAGAUGACGUGGCAGCAUUCCAGAUCGUGGUACCGAGCAGUAGACAGAUGGAGUAGUGUCUGUGAUUAACCUUUCCAAGACUCUACCCAUGGACAGACAGAGACGAGGCUCAGCCCGCUCUAAGAGCAUGGUGCUGGGCCGCUGCAGUUCUCCUCUAGGCCAGGAGAUGACGCUGAAGGCCGGCUGGCUGAAGAGACAGAGGAGCAUCAUGAGGAACUGGCAGCUACGGUGGUUCGUUCUCCACACUGAAGCACUGUACUUCUAUAAGGACCAGGAUGAGACUAAACCUCAGGGAUGCAUCAUUCUCCAGGGCAGUCAGGUCAGUGAGCUGUCGGCCAAUCAGGAUGAAGCUGGUCGCCACCUGUUUGAGAUUGGUCCAGGAGGCAGUGGAGAGAAGGAUCGUUCAGGUCUGAGCGAGUCUUUCCUGUUGAUGGCUAACUCUCAGAGAGACAUGGAGGAGUGGGUCAGAGCCAUACGAAGAGCUAUAUGGGCCCCGCUAGGAGGAGGUAUUUUUGGGCAGCAUUUAGAGGAGACAAUGCAGUGUGAGAGUGGGUGUGGCAGCAGCAGCAAGCCUCUGGUGCCUCUGCUGGUGCAGCAGUGUGUGUGUUUUAUACACCAGCACGGCCUAACGGAGGAGGGGCUGUUCAGAAUGCCUGGACAAACCAAUCACGUACGAGAGCUGCAGGAUGCCUUUAACUGCGGGGAGAAACCACUGUUUGGCAGUAACACUGAUGUCCACACGGUGGCGUCCCUGCUGAAGCUGUACCUCAGAGAGCUGCCAGAGCCUGUGGUGCCUUUCAACAAAUACACAGAGUUCCUCUCCACUGCUCAGCUCCUGGCCAAGGACCAGGAGGAGGGGAUCCUUGAGCUGGGCAGGCAGUUGAAGAGUCUUCCUCAGGUCAACUACAACCUCCUCAGCUACAUCUGCAGAUUCCUAGAUGAGGUCCAGUCCCACUCAAGUCAGAACAAGAUGAGUGUUCAGAACCUGGCCACUGUGUUCGGACCCAACAUCUUCCGACCCAAGAUGGAGGACCCACAAAUCAUGAUGGAGGGCAGUUCCCAGGUGCAGCACCUGAUGACUGUACUGAUCAGUGAACACUCUCGUCUGUACCAGGGGCAGGCAGAGACUCCCAGGCAGGACCAAUCUGCCCCUCCUUCAACUCCCUGUCCCCGGAUCCCCUCGAUUCAGCGCUGCAGUGUGGAAUGGAACUCACAGGAGGACAUCCCGCCCCCCAACCCCGCCAAGGACUAUCCAUCCCUGGGACAGACCCCUACCACCCCAAGUCAGGAACCACUUCAACCCCUCCCGACCUCCACAGUGUCCUCUCUUGACACUGACCACCCUGGAUCAACCCCCAAGGAAAGAACAGAGGGGGAUUCUGAGGGAAUGAAUGGCGGAAGAACAGAAGAAAAGACGGAGAGGAAGAGUGAAGGAAAGAGCCAAAUAAAGGUCUCGGGUGGUAGUGGCGCAGACCUCGGUCCCAGUAAGCAGUCCAAAAGCCAGUCUUCAUGGAGGUCCUCUUUGAAGGGCAGGUCCGGGUCAGGGGGGGUAAGGGGGAAGUUGGGGGGGUCAGCAGUUGAUGUGUCGACAGUCACCGGAGGCCACUGGCUGAUGAAUGGCCUGACGUCCUUCCGGAGUCACCGGCGGACCGCUUCGACCGGCGAACGACUCAAAGAGUCCUCGCUUUGCCUGAAAGAGACACAUAUAGACUCUCCGCUAGACUCAUAUACUGAGUCCUCUUUGUUGCUAAAAGACUCUUCACACUCCCAAAGAAGCACCCUGAAAGACUCAGCUCCUUUACAUAUAGACUCCUCCUGUUCUACUAUAGUCUCCUCCUAUCCCAAAAUAAAGCCCUCCCUAUCUGUCAGAAACUCCCCCCAUUCCAACAGGCUCUCGACCUAUGACAACGUUAUUGUCACUCCCUGCAGUCUGAGCUUGCCAAUUGGCAGCCCCUCCCCCUGGACCUCUUGUGAGAUCCCGUUGGCUGAAUCUACAGGAAUUGAGCACGACACACUGAUUUCUGGUUUAGGGUCAGGGCAGGCUGUGGCGGGGUCCUCGAUGGCUGGGGGCAGUAGCUCUCCUCUAGAACUGUGUGUGAGCAGCGCUGAGGGUGACUCUGGGGAUGAUAUCACAGGUCAGAGGUCAGGGGUCAAUGAGGGUCUGUUCAGCCUGGAGACAGAGUUGAAGGAGGAGCUAAGGAGACAGAGGAUCAGCUAUGAGACACGCAUACACAAAUUAGAGGAUUCGUGUUCAGGUCUUCGUCUCCAGUCUGGUCGUUUAGAAGAGGAUCUAGGCCAGGAGAAGAAGAAGUUAUUCAUGAUGGAGAUCCGACUGGGGAACUCGGAACGCGCAAGGCAAGAUGCUGAGAGCCGGAAUGUUCUCCUGCAGAAAGAGAUGGAAGAGUUAUUUGCUACACUGGGGAACCUGACCACUGGCACAGAUACCAGCUAGACCUGAGCAGACAGCGUUAGCCCACCGAGCAAAAGCCUACCCGCUGGGCACAAACUGGAUGACUCACUGUUGUUUCAACAUAAUACGUCAACGUAUAGCAACAUGGAAUUUAUGUGGGAAAUACAUUAGAUUUGGGAAAAAGUAACGAACGUAAAAUGUGGUUUGGGUGAAAUUUCAAACACAGGAUUAUGUCAUCAUGGUAACCAGAUGUCAACAUAGACAAACCUUGUAUAAAAUAUGUUGAACUUGUACCUUUAAGAAAACAUCAGAUCUUCAACCUUAUAUCCACAAUCAAAAAAAUAACUAUAGGCUGGGCAGCACCUCCUACUGGAUAAUUUAUCUAUGACUACCCUUUGGUCUACCAUCCAGGGUUUUAACCAGGCCCUGCGUAACUAUGAUAGUUGUCACUGACUAUCACCAAUGUGCUAUUGCGAGAAUGAUUGUUGAGAGAUCUCCACUUAUUCCACAAACUGGAAUUAAAGCCAGACUAAAUCAGUGGCACAGAUGGA